CCUGCGCCCCGCCGAGCUGCCUAGGGAGCGCUGCGCCCAUGUGGAGUGGGCGCCCCUAGCAGCCCCCACAGGGACUGUUCGGUGGAUCCCGUGGGGAAAUAGGCCCCAUUUUGGGUCCCUGAAAGGCCCAUUCGCAGGACUCUAGCCCCUAGGGUAGGGGGUGCAUGUGUCCCACAGGGGGCUAGGUCUCAUAAUGCUUCUUGCCGGCGGGGAAUGGGUCUCCCAGUGGCCCUCACCCUCUCCGUGCUGCUGGGCCCUUCUGGUAGGGUCCCUUGAGGGAGCGGACCCUCCCUUUUCUGCCAGUCCAGCAAGAGCUUUAUUUCUCAGGGGCUCAACAGCACAGUCCAUAAGGUUAUGUUUGCUGCCCAUGUCAUCAAGCACUAAUGAUGGGUUUCUAAAAGAAAAACGUGCUCAAAUCAUGUCUCGAGGACUUCCAAAACAAAAGCCAAUAGAAGGAGUUAAGCAGGUACUGGUUUUUGCUUCUGGGAAAGGGGGAGUUGGAAAGUCAACAACAGCAGUAAACAUAGCCCUUGCAUUAGCAGCACAUGAUUCGACAAAAGCAGUUGGUCUGCUUGAUGCAGAUGUAUAUGGCCCUUCAAUUCCAAAGAUGAUGAAUUUGAAAGGAAAUCCAGAAUUAUCACCAAAAAACUUAAUGAGACCCCUUAAGAACUAUGGCAUUGCAUGUAUGUCAAUGGGUUUCUUGGUAGAAGAGACUACACCAGUUGUGUGGAGAGGACUCAUGGUAAUGUCAGCUAUAGAGAAAUUGUUGAGGCAGGUAGACUGGGGUCAACUGGACUACUUAGUAAUUGACAUGCCGCCUGGAACAGGAGAUGUACAGUUAUCAAUCUCACAAAAUAUUCCGGUUACAGGGGCAGUGAUUGUUUCCACUCCACAAGACAUUGCUUUACUGGAUGCACGCAAAGGAGCUGAGAUGUUUCGAAAAGUCCAUGUGCCUGUUUUGGGGCUUAUCCAAAAUAUGAGUGUUUUCCAGUGCCCAAAAUGUAAACAUGAGACCCAUAUUUUUGGAGCUGAUGGUGUGAGAGAUCUAGCAAAAACCCUUGGACUAGAUGUUUUAGGAGACAUUCCAUUGCAUGUUAAUAUAAGAGAGACAUGUGAUACCGGCCAGCCUAUUGUCAUCUCACAGCCUCAAAGUGACAUGGCCAAAGCCUAUCUAAGGAUAACUACUGAAAUAGUAAAUAGAUUGCCAACUCCUCCAGCAUGACGUGCUCAUCUCGGGUACCUGUGAUCAGAACUUAACAAUAAAGUGACUUGAUGGUGUAAGCAGUGGUGGAACAAGCAGAAAUACAUAAGUUUAUGGAUUAUAUAUUGUAUUUGUAAGAAAAUUGUUUUGAAGUUUAGUAAACAAAGUUUGAAAGUAUUGUUAUUUUUUAUUUGUCAUGACAUCAUUUGGUUACAUUCAAAGGUAUUGAAGGAUUCAGAAGGAAAAUGCGUGGUACCUGACAUUUAUAUAUGGUCGGCCGCUGCUGAUUUUUAAUAUCCUUGAACAACAAG